AUGUGGCGCCACCAAGCCACCACUGACGCCGGUUCACCCCUCCCCAACGUCGUCCUGGACGGCAAUCUAGCGGUCCAGAUCCAACGCUUCACGCUCGACAUCAUCGGAGCCGUCGCUUUCUCCAAGGACUUCGGGCAGCUGGACCGCAUCCGAGCCGACCCCGCAGGCUCGGCGACCGAGGCGGACGCCGGAGCUGACGAGCUGCUAGGCGCGGUGAACGAGUCGCAGCAGCUGAUGGCAAACGUGUUCAUCACGCCACUGCCGGUGCUGCAGCUGCUGCGGAGGCUCGGCGAGCCGGGGAUGCUGCGGUUGGAUGCGGCGAUGAAGGCGAUGGAGAGGGUUAUGAUGGGUGUGAUCGAGGAGCGGAGAGAGCAGUGGCGCGCGACGGGAGACGCGGGGGAUGAUCUGCUGGGAGUGCUGCUAGGCGCUACGGACGAGCAGGGGCGGCCGCUACAAGACGAGGAACUGUGGGAGGACGUGCAUGAUGUGAUGGGCGCGGGACACGAGACCACCGCCACCACCAUCACCGCGGCGCUCUUCCUCAUCUCGCAACACCCUGAAGCCAAGGCCAAGGUGCACGAGGAGUUGAGGGCUCUCAACGGUCGCAUGCCCUCAUUCGAUGACGUCAACAGCGGGCGCCUGGCAUACACACAGAUGGCAGUCAAGGAGACCCUCCGCAUGUACCCGCCCAUCCCGCUCUUCCCACGAGAGGUCGCCCACACCGACCGCCUACCCGGGGGCUACGAACUUCCUGGUGGCGAUGUGAGUGUGUUUUCUAAGCUGUUGCCGUUAUGUCCCCAUUGCCCUUCCCCCAUGAAGUUGCCCACACCGACCGCUAGCCUGGGGGAAACUAACUUUCUGCUGGCGAUGUGA